AUGGCGACUCCCAACAAUGCUACUCCCACCAACUGCAGCUGGUGGCCCAUUUCAGCUCUUGAGAAUGAUGCAGGGAAAUCUACGGAGGUUGAGGACAGCCAGGACCCAACAGACCCCGCUCUCAGAUCCAAGGAUAGGCUGGUUUUGUAUCACUGGACCCAGUCUUUCAGCUCACAAAAGGUCCGCCUGGUCAUCGCGGAGAAGGGGCUGCCGUGCGAGGAGCGGGAUGUCAGCAUGCCCCUGACUGAGCACAAAGAGCCCUGGUUCAUGCGUCUCAACCUUGGGGAGGAGGUGCCCGUGAUUAUCCACGGAGACAACAUCAUCAGCGACUACAACCAGAUCAUCGACUACAUGGAGAAGAACUUCACAGGAGGUAAGGAGGGUCGAUGUACCGUAGCUGUAACCAAUGCCAACUUUUUGUUCCGUGUUUCAGAAAAUGUUACCCAGCUGAUCCCCGACACCGGGAGCAUUCUCCACACAAGAGUGGUGCAGUACAGAGAGCUCCUGGACUCACUGCCCAUGGACGUCUACACUCACGGCUGUAUCCUCCAUCCCGAGCUCACCACUGACUCCAUGAUUCCAAAGUACGCUACAGCUGAAAUCCGCAGACACUUAGCUAAUGCCAGUACGGAGCUGAUGAAGCUGGACUACGAAGGGGAGCCCCAGCUGACUGAGCCAUACCUUUCCAAACAGAAGAAACUCAUGGCCAAGAUCCUGGAACACGACAAUGUGAGCUACUUGAAGAAAAUCCUUGGCGAGCUGGGAAUGGUGCUAGACCAGAUUGAGGCCGAGUUGGAGAAGAGGAAACUCGAGUAUCAAGGGCAGAAGUGCGAACUCUGGCUCUGCGGAUGCGUCUUUACCUUGGCCGACAUCCUACUGGGAGCCACCCUGCACCGCCUCAAGUUUCUAGGACUGUCUAAGAAAUACUGGGAAGAUGGCAGCAGACCCAACCUACAGUCCUUCUUUGACAGGAUACAAAAACGCUUUGCCUUCAGGAAAGUUUUGGGAGACAUACACACCACCCUUCUCUCGGCCGUGGUACCCAAUGCCUUCAGGCUUGUCAAACGGAAACCCCCCUCCUUCUUUGGAGCCUCCUUCCUUAUGGGAUCUCUGGGGGGAAUGGGAUAUUUCGCUUAUUGGUAUUUAAAGAAAAAAUACAUCUAA